UGCCGUACACGGAGCUAACGUCAGCUAGCCCGCAGGAGCUAGCGUCAACGUUAGCCGAGGAUUGUCAGCUGAGCUAGUGUCCGUUAGCCGACAACAGCAGCUAAAUAACGCACACCUGGCCUCGGACUGCUCCUAUCAAAGGGCUGGUUAAUGUAUCCGGCGCUUGUCUUCGCCCAGUUUAACCUAAAUGUUUUUGUGUCGCUAACCUUAGCUCGUUAGGCUAAACUGUUUGCUAACGGCAGCUAGCAGCAGGGCUACCUAUGUAAGCUAGGCUGAGACAGAGAGAGAGAUCAUGGAGGACCCUCACACACGGUACAGCAAACGCCUGCGUACAGGUACGCGGCGGCGCUACCAGGACGAUGGAAUCUCGGAUGAUGAAAUCGAAGGGAAGCGAACGUUCGACCUGGAUGAAAAGUUGAAGUGCAUCAGGUUUAACUCUGACUUGAUCAAAUACAUGGAGGGCAAAGAUUUCACAUUUGAAUACAUCCAGAGAGAAGGGCUCAGAGAUCCCAUUGUCUUUGAGAGGGGAGAUGGACUUGGCAUACAAAUGCCAGACCCUGAUUUCAGUGUGAGUGAUGUGAAGUUGUUUGUUGGUAGCCGACGCAUUGUAGACGUGAUGGACGUGAACACCCAGAAGGGAAUAGAGAUGUCAAUGGCUCAGUGGCGACGUUACUAUGAGACGCCGCCAUCAGAGAGAGAAAAACUCUACAAUGUGAUCAGCCUGGAGUUCAGCCACACCAGGCUGGAGAAUCUGGUCAAACGGCCAGCUUCGGUUGAUCUUAUUGACUGGGUGGACAACAUGUGGCCUCGCCAUCUCAAGGAGAGACAGAGAGACUCCACAAAUGCCAUCAUAGACAUGCAUUAUCCCAAAGUUCAGAAGUACUGUCUUAUGAGUGUACAGGGCUGCUUCACAGAUUUCCACAUUGACUUUGGAGGCACUUCAGUCUGGUACCACAUCCUGCGAGGAGGAAAGGUGUUCUGGUUGAUUCCACCCACACCGCAGAACCUGGAGAUGUAUGAGAACUGGGUUUUAUCAGGGAAACAGGGAGACAUCUUCUUGGGGGACAAGUGUCAUGACUGUCAGAGGAUAGAGCUCAAGCAGGGCAACACCUUCAUAAUCCCAUCAGGGUGGAUCCACGCUGUGUACACCCCAGAGGACACGUUGGUGUUUGGGGGGAAUUUCCUCCACAGCUUUAACAUCCCCAUGCAGCUCAACAUCUACAGCAUUGAGGAUCGCACACGGGUGCCAUCAAAGUUCCGCUAUCCAUUUUAUUAUGAGAUGUGCUGGUAUGUCCUGGAGAGGUACCUCUACUGUCUGACCAAUGUCUCCCACCUCACUCCUGAGUUCCAAAAAUACUCCCUAGGAAUAGGGCUGACCCAGGCUGAUGUUGAAACCAGCGAACACCCAGGGAAUGGCACCUCUAAUGGAGUUGACAGUGACACUGAAAACGAGAAGAUCAAGUUAAAGGAAGAAGAAGAAGAAGUCAAAGAGGAGGCAGCUCAGGUUACCGCACCUCAGCAUGUGCUGACUACCUUUGAGCUGGAGGGACUGUGUAACCUCUUAGGGAAGCUGGAGGAGCUGCCGGCCCACAAAAAGUGUGUCCCUGCAGGCAUCAGGAAUGCCACAGCCCUGCUUGAAGACAUGAGGGCCGUUCUGAAGGAGCAUGGCAGUGAUAACCCCAAGCUCUCCUACACUGGAGAGCCCAUCGUCAAGUGGCCUGAAAGGCCAGCAUGGUACCAGCCCCCUACUCCCCCUCCUCCUGUCAUUUACCGUCCUCGCUUGGGCCCCACCCUCCACAAGCCUCACAGUCACAAGCCCACCAAACGCUCCUCCAUCAACGCCCUGAGGCGCAGGCGGGUGAGGUGCAAGCGCUGUGCAGCCUGCUGCAGGAAGGAGUGCGGCACAUGCCACUACUGCCAUGACAUGAGGAAGUUUGGUGGGCCUGGACGCAUGAAGAAGAGCUGCAUUAUGAGGCAGUGUCUAGCGCCUGCCUUGCCGAACACAGCGCGUUGUGCCAUAUGUGGAGAAGGAGAAUCAGAUGAAUCAAAUCCGAGCACUCACUCGCUCAUGGAGUGCUCCGUCUGCUCGCAGAUUGCCCAUCGUCAGUGCAUUAAGGAACCUGGUGAGGGGAAGAUCAAUAAGGAUUUGCCGAGCUGCUGGGAAUGCCCCAAAUGUUACCAAGGCAAAGACUCAGCAUCAGAGUCUUCCAGCGAUGAAGACAGUGAAGAGUCAGAGGGCUCAACAUCCAUGCCACCGUCCAAACUUCCAGCAUACCGGGAAGGCAUCGGUGUAGGUGAAGGGGUGAGACGAGGGAGACGUAGCAGACCCCCAUCCCGACCCACUGCACCACCACCUUCUCAGAAACUGCUACUACAGCAUCAACAGAACCGCAAAAGAGCAAGUGCACUGGAGCAAAGACUUAAGAAGAGGAUAAAACUGGAGCGCAGCAAAAUGUUAGCGAAACAGUCGUCUCUAGAUCGUUCUCCCAGGAUGCUGAGCUCCAGGGUGCUGUCCCGGCUACGCUCUCCAACCAGCAGACUAUCUCAGGGCAGAGGUCGGGGCUCCACCUGGGCCAGUGGCUCACCUUACCGCACCUCUCCCUCAGGGACCGGGUCCUUCCAACAGCAGCAGUCUUCCCUCGGUCUGGUACUUGAGCUCAAAGGAGAGCCACGCAGAGGGAGGGGAAGAGGGGUGAGGCUGCGGGGAGGAGGAGCAGGAAGAGGAAUCAGAAGCGGUAGAAGCCAUGAAGAGAUGGAGGAGGAGGAGGAGGAGGAGGAGGAGAGCGAGGACAGCAGCAGCAGCAGCACCAACAGCAGCAGCAGCAACGACGAUGAGGAAGAGGAGAGGGGGCAGAACAGUGGGAGGGGACUGGAUAAAGAGAACCAGCCACAGUCGAGGCGAGGAGGACGGGCAGCCAAAGAAAGGGAAGAGGAAGGGAGUGAGGUGGCCAACCAAAAUGGAGCGGAGGAAGAUGACGAGGAGGAGAUGGAGCAGGACAGUCAAACGGGGGGCAAAGAGGGCUCAUAUCUUAAAGUGACACUCCAAAAACCAACCAGGGCCAAGCGGGACCCAUCAGCAAUUGUCCCAAAAUUAGAGGCUGUCGCUCCUCAAACUGCCACUUCCACAAUACACAACCAAACCAGAUCCCUCGUCAGACCACCCAUUAGAAAUCGUGGCCCUGGUCCUGAUCAGCACUCCAACAGGCACACACCACCACACACUCGCAGCGGACACACAGACACUCGUACCUCUCACCCAGAGAGGCCAGAGGCCUCUAAAAGAACGAAGCCAAGCAGGCCGGGCAAACUGAGCAAUGGCGCCUCCUGUUCUUCAUCUUCCGAGCUUCCACAUCUCCGUAUCCCUCUCUCCGCCCUGCAGGAAGGAGGGAGCGAGGCAGACAGGGAGAACGGUGGGAGCGGGCCGGGCUGUGAGAGGGAGGUGUGGGUGUCCGUCUUCCGCUACUUAAGUCGAGCAGAUCUCUGCGUCUGCAUGGCUGUCUGCAAAAACUGGUACAAAUGGUGCUUAGACAAGCGGCUUUGGUCACGGAUAGACCUGAGCAUCAAACGCACCAUUACUCCUCAGGCCCUGACAGGCAUCAUAAAGAGACAGCCGGUCACGCUCGAUCUCUCUUGGACCAACAUCUCUAAAAAGCAGCUGAAUUGGCUCGUUGGCCACCUGCCUGGGCUGAAGGAUCUGAUGCUGGCAGGUUGCUCCUGGUCGUCUAUUUCAGCUCUCUGCUCGUCUACGUGCCCUCUCCUCCGUUCUCUGGACCUGCGGUAUGCAGACGGGGUCAAAGACUCUCAGAUCAGGGAAAUAGUCACUCCUCCAGGCUGUGACAAUCGCAGUCAGUUGCGAACCAUGCAGUGUUUGCGACUAGCAGGUCUGGACAUCAGCGACUCCACCCUGCGCCUGGUGAUCCGCCACAUGCCCCACUUAACAAAACUGGACCUCUCCCACUGCAAUAGCCUCACUGACCACUCCAUCAACCUGCUGACCGCAGUGGGCUCGUCUACCCGAAACACGCUCACAGAACUCAACCUGGGAGGCUGCAGUAAACUGACAGACACGUGUUUAAAGUAUCUCCGCCGCCUCUCCUGCAUCUCACUGCUCGACCUGCGCGGCUGCAACGGCGUCUCCCGCAAGGCCUGCGAAGCCUUCAUCUCCGAGCUGUCGGUUAACACGCUCUACUGCCUAUCAGAUGAAAAACUGAUCCAGAGGAUAUCCUAAGCACCCCGCCUCCUCUGGCUGCAGAGGCGAUCGGAGGGUGCGAAAGGCAAGAAAGCUGAUCCUGACGUGUGGAUCUGUGUGACACAAAGGACACAGACGAGCAGGGAAGUUCACAUGCACCUGCAUCACGUCAGAUAAAGAGGGGUGGGGUCUCAACUGGGAGCACUUACUCACUUAACUGGUGUUGGUGGACGGGGUUGUCACAGCUGGAACAAUGUUUCUUUGCAGCGUUAUAUACAUUUUAUUUUCCAGCGUACCUUUUAAAAAAAAACAAAAAAAAGAGACUCAGGAGCUUUUUUUCCCCUCUGUUGUUCUUUUGGGAAGUAAUGUGUGGAAAAAGCAAAAUGUCUUUUUUUUUUAUCGCCUCAAGUGAGAGGACUUGGGCAAUUAAUUAGCUGUAUUAAACUCCACAUCUUGUUCAGCUCCUCUUUGGACAGAUGCCAGGCUUGACUCCCAACCUGCCUCGAAAGAGAGAUAAGCAAAGACUUUUGAGUUUCAUCCCUGGGAUAUAACCGCAUCGUUCUGUUCGUUCGGCUGAUCUCCGUAAAGUCUUAUUUAUCAUCUGAUUAAUUUUUUAUCUCAUUUGAUUUCAGCUACGUUUGGGUGCUCCGGAUCGAUUCAAGAGAGCAAACGUGACGUUGUUUGAUGGCUUAACGCUUUAUGCACAACAUCUAUGCUUUGAGAUUUUGUUUGUUUUUAUAAAAGAUGACUAAAGGUGACGGGUGUUUCACAUCUUUACUUAUAAAGUGGGUGACUGGAGCGGCCUCUGUUCAUCAGUCGUACGCUCGGCUUAAUAUGAAGCACUUGGGUGCAACAGUAGUCCGGCGGUAUACUUGAUAAGCAUACGCGGACGUAGAGUGGUGGAUUUGUUUAUAAAAAGGGUAAAAUGACAGUGUGAGAAGGCAAUCGACACAUCAACAAGACCUCACCCCGACAGAGGGCGCGUUGCAUUAGGUGUAAGGAUUAGUUGUCAGAUAAAUGGUGCAUCUUCAAACAACCGUUAGACUUCAGGUGCUAUUAUUUCCAAACUCCUCUUUGCUUUGUUUUUGUACAGAGACGACAUUUAGAUCAAAAAGUGUUAAUAUUCUAGAUGAAACUACCCCCCUUACCCCACUCCUCUUUGAUACACUCUUUUGUUUUCAUGGAAAAUGUGAGCAUCUACUUUUCACUGAAUCUCAUGGCCGUGUCCAAUUCAAUGUAGAGCUGUAUGAUUUGUUUUGUUUUGUUUUUGAUCGGGUGGGUGUGCUCAUUUCUUU